AUGGCCAAAGCCCCACCCCCUAAUGCCCGCAUACCCUGGGGGGGGGUUGCCAUCGUCAGCUGCCCCAGAAGUCUUUGCUGCACUGUGCUAGUAUAUAAUUUUCCAAAUUUGGAGGGGUCUGCAGACCAGCGUGGAGAGGACAAGGAGGUGAGUGGCAAAGCCAGUCAGUUAGCAUUUGAGCAGGUGCCUUGCUCGGUGGUGGAGAGCAGAGCCUACGGCUAGCGGCCCUGUUAUCAUGCAAGCUCCAAAAGACCCUCUCAUCGGAUCUUCAGCCUCCGCUUCAGCCUCGUCCCCUUCCACCUCUCCUUCAACUUCAACUCAGCUGGAGUGUCUGGGCACCACAACUACAGCACCCCCUGCUUUGGAGGAGGUUGCUAAUCCUGGCCCAGCCAGCAGCUCAUCACCCAAGGAAUUACGGAAGAGAAUCCUUGGCACCAGUGAGCCCCCGGUCCUCUUUCUCCACCGUCCGGGGACUUCGGGGACUUCAAAGCGACUAGAGUACAGGGGCCGAGUAGUCACCAGCGAGCUCGAGGUCAUUGUGCAGGAGGAGGAACCCAAGCCCAUAGCCCAGGGUCCUCCAUCUCCUUCGGCGUUUAAGGAGGAGGAACCCAAGCCCAUAGCCCAGGGUCCUCCAUCUCCUUCGGCGUUUAAGGAGGAGGAACCCAAGCCCAUAGCCCAGGGUCCUCCAUCUCCUUCGGCGUUUAAACCUGUUGCCCAGUAUGCAACCAAGCCUGCACCGAGACCUGUGCCGAUACCUCCACCAAGGCCUGAGCCAAGGCCUGUGCCGAUACCUCCACCAAGGCCUGCGUCUACACUGGAGCCGAGGCCUGAGCCGAGGCCUGAGCCAAGGCCCGUGCCGGUACCUCCACCAAGGCCUGCAUCUACACUGGAGCCAAGGCCUGUGCCUAAGUUGGAGCCAAGGCCUGUGCCUAAGUUGGAGCCAAGGCCUGUGCCUAAGUUGGAGCCAAGGCCUGUGCCUAAGCCUGAGCCUAGGCCUGAGCCAAGGCCUGUGCCUAAACCUGAGGCCAGGCUUGAGCCAAAGCGUGAGCCCAGGCGUGAGCCGAGGCAUGAGCCCAGGCGUGAGCCGAGGCAUGAGCCCAGGCGUGAGCCGAGGCAUGAGCCCAGGCGUGAGCAGAGGCAUGAGCCCAGGCGUGAGCCGAGGCAUGAGCCCAGGCCUGUGCCUAAGUCUGAGCCGAGGCGUGAGCCAGGGCCUGAGCCUAAGUCUGAGCCGAGGCCUGAGUCAGGGCCUGAGCCAGGGCCUGAGCCGAAGCCUGAGCAGCAACCAGCCAGAGCAGCCCGUGAAUCCAGCCCCAGGGCCAGCUGCUGUGGCCUGUGGCCCAGAAGAUCUCCACGCUCCCAGAACUGAAUCAAGCCGCCCACCAGCCCCAGUCCUUCCCCAGAGGUGAGUGUCCAUCAUGCACCCAGCAGGGCAGAGGCAUCUCUAGCAUAGGAGUCACAUCUGGACGGCUGCAGAUACUGGGCUCAGCCAAGUCCCCUGCAGCCAAGGGACUAGCAGAGGCUAGGAAAUCUAUUCAG